UCUUUGGAGGAGACAUCUUCAUCGCCAAUGAAAAGAGUCAAAGAGAAACCAGGAGUGUGCCCCCAUGAGAGGAUCACCUGUGAAACUAAAGUUCCAGAUUGGUGCCAAACUGAUGGGCACUGCGUGGAACAGAUGAAGUGCUGCUCAUUUGCCUGUGGGAAGAAGUGCAUGGAUCCACUCCAAGAACCCUGCAUGCUACCCUCAGACCAAGGAAACUGUAACAGUAAUAUCAUGCACUGGUAUUUUGACAAUAAACAUCACCUCUGCAAACCCUUUACCUAUGGAGGCUGCUAUGGGAAUGCUAACAACUUCAUCAGCAAGGAACACUGCAUAAUGGCUUGCACAUUAAUUGUCAAGAAAGGACAUUGCCCACUCUUCCCUUUCAAGAACCGUAUGGAGUGUUCAUCUCUGUGUAAGAGUGACAUCGAUUGCCCCCAAAGUGACAAAUGUUGUGAAUCCAUGUGUGGCUUUGUUUGUGCCAUGGCCUGGACAGCCAAAUCAGGUUUCUGCCCACACAAGCCUGUGGUGUGUUCCACAUUUGAUAGACCCAAGUGCCUUCAGGAUAAUGAUUGCCCAGUGUCACAGAAGUGCUGUUCACAUUGUGGAUUGAAGUGCCUGGAACCUCAAAAAUGA